UUUUCAUUCUACAAGCUGGAAACAUGAAGGGGGUCAUUGCUCUUCUCCUGGCAGCUCUGUUCUUCGAGGGACUCAAUGCAGAGUGUCCCGACCCAGCCACGCUGAAAGAUGAUUAUGGAAGCAAGCUCUGCGCCCAGAUGUUUGAGAACAGCAGCUACUACUACGAUGAAAGCUGUAGUGGCAAAUUCUUUUACGUUUAUCCCGAUGAAGACACCCCCAUCAUGUCAUGGUCUUGGAAUAACCGAGUUUCCUCUCUUGUGGUGGGCCGAGGCUGCUCCCUGACAGUGUGGUCCAAAUCCAAGAAGGAAGGACAUAAGAAAAAGUUUUCUGCUGGCAUCGUGUACCACCUUAAGGAAGUGAAGAAAGGCCUGUUUGGAGACUGGAAUGAUUCCAUCUCAGGCUACUACUGCACAUGCUAGACGUGAAGCAUGAAGGCUGAAGACAGAGGCUGAAAGGACAUUAAAAUGUAUUGCCAAUGACACAAGAUAACAACUGUAACCCUUUUAAAUCUGUUUUCAGAUGUCAAAUUCUGCUCUAUGUAAUUCUGCUUGAUUCCUGCAAGUGAAUUAAACACCAUGUUGCUGCAGGGAAUCUCUGCAUGAACGUGACGCAGAAACA